AUGUAUGAAAACAUGUCCACAAUGGUGUAUUUAAAGGAAGAGAAGUUGGAGAAGCUUACUCAAGAUGAAAUCAUUGCCAAAACUAAGCAAGUGAUUAAUGGACUAGAGGCACUGAAGAAUGAACACAAUUCAAUUUUACAGAGCUUACUUGAAACACUGAAAUGUUUGAAGAAAGAUGAUGAAACUAAUCUGGUUGAAGAAAAAUCAAACAUGAUUCGAAAGUCACUGGAAAUGCUGGAGCUUGGCCUUAGUGAAGCACAGGUGAUGAUGGCCUUGUCCAAUCACUUAAAUGCAGUGGAAUCGGAGAAGCAGAAAUUGCGUGCUCAGGUUCGCCGGCUAUGCCAGGAAAAUCAGUGGCUCCGGGACGAACUAGCCAAUACACAACAGAAACUACAGAAAAGUGAGCAAUCUGUGGCUCAGCUGGAGGAAGAAAAGAAACAUCUAGAAUUCAUGAAUCAAUUAAAAAAAUAUGACGAUGAUAUUUCGCCAUCAGAGGAUAAAGAUACGGAUUCCACCAAAGAGCCUUUGGAUGACUUAUUUCCCAAUGAUGAAGAUGACCAAGGCCAAGGCAUUCAACAGCAGCAUAGCAGUGCAGCAGCUGCUGCCCAGCAAGGUGGCUAUGAAAUUCCAGCAAGAUUAAGGACCCUUCAUAAUCUUGUUAUUCAGUACGCUUCCCAAGGUAGAUACGAGGUUGCUGUACCUCUCUGUAAACAAGCUCUUGAAGAUCUGGAGAAGACUUCGGGUCACGAUCAUCCUGAUGUUGCCACUAUGUUGAACAUACUUGCUUUGGUGUACAGAGACCAGAACAAAUACAAGGAUGCAGCAAAUCUCCUGAAUGAUGCCUUGGCUAUCCGCGAAAAGACUUUGGGCAAAGAUCAUCCAGCGGUGGCAGCAACUCUAAACAAUCUUGCAGUACUUUAUGGUAAACGAGGGAAGUACAAAGAAGCUGAACCAUUGUGUAAGCGAGCUUUGGAAAUCAGAGAAAAGGUUCUGGGGAAAGAUCACCCUGAUGUUGCCAAACAAUUAAAUAACUUGGCUUUACUGUGCCAGAACCAAGGUAAAUAUGAGGAGGUUGAAUACUACUAUCAGAGGGCACUGGAGAUUUACCAAACUAAGCUGGGACCAGAUGAUCCAAAUGUUGCAAAGACCAAGAAUAACCUGGCAUCCUGCUAUCUAAAACAGGGCAAAUUUAAGCAAGCGGAAACUUUAUACAAAGAGAUUCUCACUCGCGCUCACGAACGGGAAUUCGGCUCUGUAGAUGAUGAAAAUAAGCCUAUUUGGAUGCAUGCAGAAGAGAGGGAAGAAUGCAAAGGAAAGCAAAAAGAUGGCACAACUUUUGGAGAAUAUGGUAGCUGGUACAAAGCUUGCAAAGUUGACAGUCCAACAGUAACAACUACCUUAAAGAACCUCGGAGCACUUUACAGACGACAGGGCAAAUUUGAAGCUGCUGAAACAUUAGAAGAGGCAGCAAUGAGAUCUCGUAAACAGGGUCUUGACAAUGUUCAUAAACAGAGAGUUGCUGAAGUGCUGAAUGACCCUGAGAGCAUAGAAAAAAGGCGAAGCCGAGAAAGCCUCAAUGUUGAUGUGGUAAAGUACGAGAGUGGUCCUGAUGGAGGCGAGGAAGUGAGUAUGAGCGUAGAGUGGAAUGGGGAUGGCACUGGAUCUUUAAAACGCAGUGGUUCCUUUAGCAAACUUCGUGCUUCCAUUAGACGCAGCAGUGAGAAGCUGGUUAGAAAGCUGAAGGGAGGAAGUUCACGAGACAGUGAACCAAAGAAUCCAGGCAUGAAGCGUGCCAGUUCUCUGAAUGUUCUUAACAUGGGUGGCAAGGCUACUGAAGAUCAUUUUCAAGAACGAAAUAAUUGUCUGACAGACUCGAGAGCUCUGAGUGUCAGUCAUACUGAUUUGGCGCAUUGAGGUUCUUGGACAGAAGCUAGCUAAUAUUCCUUUGUGAAUAAAGAAGCACUGAGACCUUCAAAGCUUGGUUCCUCAUCAUUAUGUAUAGGAACACCCAGUUUGUAGAUUUUUUGUUGUUUUUUUUUCCCAGUGGACUGCUGUUUUUACUUUUCUAAAUAGGGACGAUUUUAAACACAGCAUUAGUGGGUAUUUUCUUCUAAAGGAAAACUAUAUAGAUAUAUAUUGCUCAUUGCACUGUUCCCAUUCAUGCUACUUAUGUUGAUUUCCUUACUAGAUCUGAACCUUACAGCAGCCAAAAAAAAGUAAAAAUACAAUUACAACAUACCAAAAUG